AUGGCAUCACGGCUGCUACUACUCUGUCUCUGUGUCGCCGCCGCUGUGCAUCUGGCUGGGGCCCGAGAUGCUCAGGAACAACGCGCGCUGCACCCCAGCCAGCCCUCGCCGGCCCUGGAGGACUGGGAAGAGCCCAGCGAGUGGACAUCCUGGUUCAACGUGGAUCACCCGGGCGGAGACGGCGACUUCGAGAGCCUGGCCGCCAUCCGCUUCUACUACGGGCCUGCGCGCGUGUGCCCUCGGCCGCUGGCUCUGGAGGCGCGCACCACGGACUGGGCGCUGCCAUCGGUGGUGGGCGAGCGCGUGCACCUGAACCCCACGCGCGGCUUCUGGUGCCUCAACCGCGAGCAGCCGCGCGGCCGCCGCUGUUCCAACUACCACGUGCGCUUCCGCUGCCCGCUCGGUAGCGCCUUCCUGUCCCUCCUGGGGCCCAAGCAGCGUUGCUGUGUGCGCAUCUGGAUGGCCAGGAGGCCUCUUUGUUCCUGUGUCCCUCUAGGAUGCAGCCCUGACACCUGUGGAUGUCCCAACCACAUGCUGCUGGGGUCUGUGGUUACCUCAUCUGGGAGACCAUUGUCAGGAGCCAGGGUCUCCCUGCGGUCCCAGCCUGGCACUGUGGCCAUCAGCGAUGCCAAUGGGGCCUUCCAGAUGCCUGGGGUCUGCGCCAGUGGCCGAGCCAAUGUGAGCGCCCAGGCAGGUGGCUUCUCUCUGGGUGUGGCCCAGGCUCAGGCCAGCAGCUCCACCUCCUCAGGGGUCACCAUUGUCCUGGAGAAACUAAGGAAGCCCUAUCUGGUGAAGCACCCAGAGUCCCGUGUGCGAGAGGCUGGCCACAAUGUGACCUUCUGCUGUAAAGCUGCAGGGAACCCUGUGCCCAAGAAGUACUUGUGGUUCCACAACGGGACGCUGCUGGACCAGCGGGAGCUUGGGUCUGGCGCCCACUUGGAGCUCCGUGAGCUGCGUGCCGAGCAGGCGGGGACCUACCACUGCAAAGCAUGGAGCAAGGCGGGCACUGUGCGCUCAGGCUCUGCCCAGCUUACUGUGCUGGCCCCAGGACAGCCAGCAUGUGACCCCCGGCCCCGAGAGCACCUCAUCAAACUCCCCGAUGACUGUAGCAGGCCAGGUGACAGUGGGCCCACCUACCUGGAUGUGGGCCUCUGCCCUGACACCCCCUGCCCAGGCCCUGUGGGCUCUGGUGCUCAUUGCGGGGACCUGGGCUCACGCUGCUGUGCUGUACGUCGCCUGGAGAGCCGGGAGAUCCGCUGCGCCGGCUAUGUCCUGCCAGUGAAGGUGGUGGCGGAGUGUAGCUGCCAGAAGUGUCUGCCCCCUCGGGGGCUGGUCCGGGGCCGUGUGGUGGCUGUGGACUCCCGGGAGCCCUUGAGCUUUGCUAGGAUCCUCCUGGGCCGGGAGCCCAUCGGCUUCACCUCCUACCAGGGCGACUUCACCAUCGAGGUGCCACCCUCCACGGAGAGGUUGGUGGUGACGUUUGUGGACCCCCGCGGUGAGUUCUUGGACACAGUCCGGGUGCUGCCUUUUGACCCCCGAGGAGCAGGUGUGUACCAUGAGGUCAAGGCCAUGCGGAAGAAGGCUGCUGUCCUGUUGGAUGCCAGCCAGAGCAAUACGAUCCCCCUUGGGGAGCUGGAGCAAGAGGCGCCCUUUGCGGAGCUGGUGCUGCCCCCUGGGUCCAUCCGGGCCACGGAUGGCAGCCCCUACACGGGCACCGUGGAGGCCCGGGUGACCUCCGUGGACCCCAGAGACCUGACCUCCGCAGUGGCUGCCCCCAGUGACUUGCGCUUUGUGGACCGCAACGGGGAGCUGGCACCACUGCGCACCUACGGGAUGUUUUCUGUGGACCUGCGUGUGCCGGGCUCCACAGAGCAGCUGCACGCAGGGCCUGUGGCUGUGCGCGUGGCUGCAGACCAGAUCCGCAUGGCCGGCCAUGCCGAGGCCCUCCGCCUGUGGUCUCUGGAGCCAGAGACGGGCCUGUGGGAGGAGGAGAGCAGCUUCCGACGCCAGGGCUCCCCCAGCCCCCGUGUGCGCCGUGAGGAGCGAGUGUUCCUAGCUGGCAAUGUGGAGAUCCGUGAGCGGCGUCUGUUCAACCUGGACGUGCCCGAGCGCCGCCGCUGCUUCGUGAAGGUCCGUGCCUUUGCCAAUGACAAGUUUGCGGCCAGCGAGCAGGUGGAGGGCGUGGUGGUGACCCUUGUGAACCUGGAGCCCGCACCUGGCUUCUCCGCCAACCCGCGCGCCUGGGGCCGCUUUGACAGUGCGGUCACGGGGCCCAAUGGCGCCUGCCUCCCCGCCUUCUGUGAUGAGGACCGGCCCGAUGCCUACACGGCACUGGUCACUGCUACCCUGGGCGGUGAGGAGCUGGAGCCUGCGCCCUCGCAACCCCGGCUGCUCCCAACCACGGUGGGUGUCACACAGCCCUACCUGGAUCGGCUGAGGUACCAGCGCACUGACCACGAUGACCCGGCCUUCAAACGCACGGGCUUCCGCAUCAACCUGGCCAAGCCUAGGUCCGGGGACCCUAGUGAGGCCCACGGGCCUGUGUACCCGUGGCGCAGCCUGCGCGAGUGUCAGGACGCACCGGUCACCGCCAGCCACUUCCGCUUCUCGCGUGUGGAGUCAGACAAAUACGAGUAUAACGUGGUUCCCUUCAGGGAGGGCGUGCCCUCCUCCUGGACGGGCGACCUCCUGUCCUGGUGGCCUAACCCUCAGGAGUUCCGCGCCUGCUAUCUCAAGGUGAAGAUCCAGGGUCCCCAGGAGGUGGUGGUGCGUUCGCACAAUGCAGGGGGCAGCCACCCCCGCACCCGGGGACAGCUCUAUGGCCUGCGGGACGCCCGUAGCGUGCGCGACCCCCAGCGCACCAACACCUCAGCAGCCUGUGUAGAGUUCAAGUGUGGCGGGAUGCUGUUUGACCAUCGGCAGGUGGACAGGACGCUGGUGACCAUCACCCCCCAGGGCAGCUGCCGCCGUGUGGCAGUCAACAGGCUCCUACAGGAUUACCUGGAGCGACACCCCCCACCCGCGCCCGCCGAUGACCCAGCCACCUUUGCCAUGCUAGCACCCCUGGAUCCCCUGGGUCACAACUACGGUGUCUACACAGUCACAGACCAGAGCCCGAGGUUGGCCAAGGAGAUUGCCAUCGGCCGCUGCUUUGAUGGCUCCUCUGACGGCUUUUCCAGGGAGAUGAGAUCCGAGGCUGGCACAGCUGUCACCUUUCAGUGCCGAGAGCCGCCUGCCAGGCCUAGCCUCUUCCAGAGGAUGCUCGAGUCCCCUGCAACAGUGGUGUUGGAUGACAUCCGCAGGGAGAUGGGUUGGGUGGGCCGAGGUUCCCCGAGGGUUCCCCGCACACGCCGGGGCCAAUGACUUGGGCCGCGAGCUCCCUGCCCAGCUCUGCCCAGGAAGUCUCGCUCCCUUCUCUCCAGAUGUCCCCUCCCCAAGUCUUUGGGAGCCCUGGCCCAGAACUG